AGCAGGACGGGUACCCGCGAGUUCACAGGAGGCAGGAGGAUGGACAGUGGAGCUGAUGCGCUGCUCCAGACGGAGAUGUUGGACCUUAUUGCCGACUCGGGACUCGCCGAGCUGGCCAAGGACUCGGGCCUAGUCUCGGCCUCGGGCAUGCUCAAUACGCCCGGCUCCAGCCGUGGUCAAUCGACUCAAGCACAGGAUCCGCCCGCUUCUCUCGAUCAUAUCAAUCUGCCGAUGCUGCCGCCGCUGGGCGGACUGCCGGGCUCGCCGCUUGUUGGCAGCGGGAAGAAGCGUGGGCGCGAGGGUGAGGAUGAAGUGAGAGUCGGGCGGGGCUCACUGGAGGAGGUGGCAACGGCAGCGCUGGUGGCAAGCUCGCGGCGGGCGUCUGUGGCAUCGACACCGACGCCUCGGCGGCGGAAGCGAUCCUCAUCCAAGGCGCCCGGCUCAACGGCCAAGAACGCCGGGCUGCGGCACUUUUCGAUGCGUGUGUGCCAAAAGGUGCGGCAGAAGGGCCAGACGACGUACGACGAGGUGGCGACCGAGCUGGUCAACGAAAUUGUGGCGGCCGAGGCGGCCGAGGGCAAGACCAACUCGAACCAGAAGAACAUCCGGCGGCGGGUGUAUGAUGCGCUCAACGUGUUGAUGGCGAUGGACAUCAUCUCGCGCGAGAAAAAGGUCAUCUCGUGGCUUGGUCUCCCGUCGAGCGAAGUCGGCGAGUGCGACCAGGUCCGCAAGCGCAUUGCAGCGAGGACGGCGUCGAUUGCCCAGAAGAAGCACCAUCUGCAAGAGCUGUUGACCCAGGUGGUGACGCUUAACAACCUUGUCGAGCGCAACACCAAUCGGCGGCGCAAGCUGCAGCGCAAUCUUGCGGGCAACGCCGUGGCGUCCAGCAUCCGGUCUGGAGGGCGGUCGACGGUUGCGCUCGACAUGGGUCCCCUCUUCGCGUCGUCCCCGAACGAGUCACCGGUCUCGUCGCCACGGCGGUCGUCGCGGAGACGAGCGUCGUCGCCGGUGGCGGAGGAGCCGGUGGCGGAGAAGGGGGGGUGGCGGUGGUUGAGGACGCAGCGUCGCUUGUUGACGAGCUCGACGCCGGCUUUACGGCCGAAGACGAUGCCGAGCAGAACCGGCUCUACCUCCCGUUCAUUGUCGUCAACACACCACGUGACACGGUGAUUGACUGCGAGAUGGCGGUUGACCGCUCAGACUUUUUCUUCAACUUUUCCCAGCCAUUUGAAAUCCACGAUGACAACGAGAUUCUCAAGCGCAUGGGCCUGCAGUUUCUCACCUCUCAAGUCCGCGACACGUACAUUCCCAAGGAGCUGCAGAACUUUCUGCCGGCUUCGCUGGUAGUUGCCGAUCCCGCACCGUCCGAGUGAUCGCUUGGAGCGUCGACAACGUGCGGCUAUUAACAUCAUCAUCGGAAACAGCUACA